AUGCCUCGUAUACCGUUUUCUAUGAUAUUAAAGGCUCACCAAGAGGACCAUCUGCUUCCUCUACUUCUCAAAGAAUGUCGUACUAUCGAUUCUGCUCGCAAUGAGCUUCGCUGGCUGCGCGAACGAGCAGUUCGCGAUAGCCAGUCGCUUUCAAUAUUCAAGUCCGGAUGGAGGACUCGAUUAAGAUCUAUGUGUCAACUGCGAUCCAGAGGAUAUCCUCUGCAAUAUAUCCUGGGAGACCAACCCUUUGGUGAUCUGGAAAUCCUCUGCAAAAAGGGUGUUUUGAUUCCCAGGCCAGAGACUGAAUCAUAUACAUACCAGGCCGCCAAGUUAGUCCACCAGAUGGCCCUGGAUUCUAGUGACAAGUCCAGACCACCUAGCAGCGCCAGACCCCUGCGCGUAAUUGAUCUUUGCACAGGCACAGGGUGCAUACCACUUCUGCUGCACGCAUUACUUGCACCUCAUUUCCAGAAACUGUCAAUUACAGGGAUAGACAUCAGCCCCUUAGCAUUGAGCCUGGCGCAGAAGAACCUCGAGCAUAACCUGCAACUGGGUCAAUUGACAUCCCGCGCAUCAACGGAUAUCCAUUUCCACCGCAGCAAUGUCCUGGGGAAUGGCAGUGAUGACUCAAUACUAUCGAUCGACUCAAUUCUCCAACCCUAUUACCUGGAAUCAGGUUCUUCACUUGCAGAUCAAAGUGGCGGCUGCGAUCUCUUAAUAUCCAACCCACCUUACAUAUCGCAGAGUGAAUUCGGAAACGGGACCACUGCACGCAGUGUAAGACUCUUUGAGCCCAAGAUGGCACUUGUGCCUCCAUCAUUGGUUACUGGAGAUGAACCCGGCAGGCCUGAGGAUAUUUUCUAUCACCGUAUUCUCGCUCUGGCGUUUAAGUUGAGGGCUAAGAUUACCGUCCUGGAGUGUGGGGAUAUCCUCCAAGCCAAGCGGGUUGUUGCUCUUUAUGAAACACUUGCCUCUAGGGAGUCGGGUCAAUUCAGUGCAGAAGUCUGGCCAAGUUGUGAGCAUGACUUGCUUGAGAAUGGAUUCCAUGCCACUGAUGGGUCGCGGGGUGUGAUUAUUCGGAGAUUGCCUUAG